GACUUCAACUUUUCAGUGACUGGGCGAGGUUUGCUUUCGAAAUACAGAACUGGUGAGAGAGGAAAAGACGUCUUUCAGUUUGAAACACAGAGAGAAUUGUUUAAAUGCUGUAUGGAAAAGCUAUGAGCAAACUGCUUUGGUUUUCUAUGGCCAGACCUAGCUGUGCAGCUUGAUGAACUGAAAUAUUCCUUGAAACGGUAAAAGAUCUCAGCCAAAGAAUGAGGAAUUCAAAAGGACUGGGCACAAGCAAAACAGGGUACUUUUGCUCUUAAGAUGAAAGGUUGAGUUAUGGUCAAAAUGAAGGUGCUCUCCUUCUGUCCCAAAUCCAGAUACAGCUUUCUUCUGCCACGCUUUAUUAUUUAUUUCAUCACUUUCCAGGUUCACAAGGUGGAAUCAGCACUGUUUAAAGUGAUAGGACCUCAUCACCCCAUCUCUGCUGAAGUUGGUGAGGACGUUGUGUUACCCUGUCACCUGUCCCCCAGGAGGAGUGCUGAGGACAUGGAGGUGAGAUGGUUUCGGUCUAAGUUCACUUCCUAUGUGCACCUGUAUCGACAUAGGAAGGAUCAGUACAACCAGCAGAUGCCUGAAUAUCAAGGAAGGACGGAGCUUUUGAAAGAUGGUUUCACCAAUGGAAGUGUUGACUUGAAAAUUGCCAGUGUCCGACUCUCUGAUGAGGGGCAGUACACCUGUUUUAUUCAGGAUGAUGUCAUUACUGAGGAGGCCCAAAUGGAAAUAAAGGUGACAGAUCAUUCUUCCCAGAAGGUACCCGCUUGGAUAGUGGUCCUAGGUGUGAUCAUGGUGGUUUUGUUUGGUGUCGUUAUCCUGACUGUUUAUUUCUCUAAAAGAAAAGGGAAACAUGUGAAAGAAGUUGGCUGGGGAGAACUUGCUGCACUUCUAAAGGAAGCAGAUGUGACUCUGGAUCCAGACACGGCUCACCCACAACUCCUGGUUUCUGAGGAUCAGAAAAGUGUGAGAUGGGCAGACACACGGCAGGAUCUGCCUGACAACCCUGGGAGAUUCGACUCUGAGCGUUGCGUGCUGGGCUGUGAGAGAUUCAGCGCAGGGGGACAUUACUGGGAGGUAGAGGUGGGGCACGGGAAGUACUGGGUUGUGGGGGUUGCCAGAGAGUCUGUGAAGAGGAAAGGAGGGAUCACCCUUAACCCUGAAGAGGGGAUCUGGUCUCUGGCGCAGUGGGGUGGCCAGUACAAGGCCCUUACAGCACCUGUGGUGACCCCCUUGUCCCUGAGUCAGGUCCCAAGGAGGAUCAGGGUCUGUCUAGACUAUGAUGAGGGGAAAGUAGAAUUUUUCAAUGCUGAUACCAAAGCCCCCAUCUUCACUUUCCUUCCAGUCUCAUUUGCUGGGGAGAGACUCUGUCCUUGGCUCUGGGUUGGGCAGGAUUCCCCGCUGAGGUUAUGUCCCUGAGACAUGGGACAGGAGUAGAGGGUCUGUUCUGGCAUGUUCAUGGGACAUGUGGUGGACUGGUCCAUAAAAAGCAUCCCUCACACAGUCCUUUCCAUUUGGAAGUUUAUUUCUGACCUCCAAUUUGUAUUUAUUUUUAACCAUUUUCUGGCCCCUCACCUUCCUUUAAAUUAAUCAUUUUUAGUUUUUUAACAAACAGUAGGUUUUUUUACAUCACGUGUUUUAGUUUGAUCUAAGAAGAUGAAGGUCAAUGUACAGUCUUAAACACAUAUGGAGCAGUCUGAUUGUUUUAUCUUACAUUAUAUUUGGGUACCCUUCUCCUGUCCCUCCUCUAAUUUCUCCUGGAUUCAGUAUACUCCAAGAAAGUAUCACAAGUUGAUAGCAUGACUUACCACAUUCUCCAUGCAUAGAUUAACAGGACUAUCUUGGACAUUAUGACUUGCACCCUCUAAGGUAGAGUUUGCUCUAUCAUGCUAUCAUUUGUCUGGGGAAUCUAACACAGGGUAGUUACCUUCUACAAACAUCAUGUCUUUCUGCACAUUUUACUUUCCUGUCUCCAGCCUCAGACAUUUCCAUCUCUCUGAUCUUGGAGGACUGUUACCUUCUUUUAGAUUUGAUUGUACAGCCUGUAUGGUGCUGCUGGCUCAGGGGAUCUCCAAACUAUUGAACCUUCGAGAACAGAAAGUGGUCAAGGUCAAACCACCACAUUCAAUGGCCCAGUGCACCUUGCAGCCUGUCUCCAAUUGUCCUCUACAAUACAAAUGGAUUAUCCCAGUGUAUAAACUGAGACACUGACAGAUGGAAACUCAAAGAGGGUGGAAUGAAAGUAAAGGCAAUGACUAGAAACCGCACAUAACAGAGAUACUGCUAAAUACCAUUGGGCAUGAUGAUAUCACUGAUGCUAUGGCUCCUACAUUGAAUGCAUUGAUUCAUGAAACAUGGAGUCAUUUCAGUGUAUUACAAUGGGUUUUGUGUAAGUGCUGCUCCUUGUUUCUUUUCUCAUUAUUGUAUGGUCACUCUGAAGAGCUUUAAUGUUCUCACAUGUUUAGUAAAUUAAAUAUCUUUGAGACAUA